UCAAUACGGAUACGCGUGAUCUUUGCUCAGCUAGCGCAGCGCUCGUGAGCAAAUACAACACGGCUGCGCUGCCGAGAAGUUCACGGGCAAAGAUCGGAUUUCAGAUUUAUGUUCAGUGUAUCUGUCAUCAGUUUCCGGAGGGGAGGUCUUAUAUGUAUGUAUUGAAUGCAGAACUUCCGUAGCCCAUUAUACAGGUCGACAGGAGCCCAUAACACAAUGACUUGCAAGCACUUCUGAAGUUCUUGUUGAUUCCGUGGAGGUCGAAACUCGCCCCAGAUUUUUUUUUUCUGUUGCACAACUGCAAAAAGGGGUACAAUGUCCAAUAUGGCAUACUUCACAAAACUGCGUGUGCAGAGUCAGGCUUCCGAUGGGGCCUUAUCAGAUGGGUGUGUGGCGGCCGAGCGGGGUACCGGCGAGUUUUUGCAACCACUGCACAUUAGCGACGACCCGGAGCUGCUGUGGCAGACGCAGAGCUGCUCAAAUCUCAACGAGGACGAGUGUCGAGACGAGUUUCGAGACGUCUUUGAGCCCUUUGGGGGCGGAUUUGGCGGCUUCCAGAAAGGGGGCGGGACCAAAUCGGGGACCUCGCCAGUCUCGCCGAAGGCGGGGAAAGGAGGGAAGUUGCAAGGUCCACCGCCCUACAGACUGCGACACAGAAUGAGCGUGACAGACACUCCCCUAGCCAAGCUGCCCAACUGCCUUUUGGAGGUGUGUGUCUUAGUGGGUCUGGACCCGGAGACUGGAGUUCAUUUUGGCAGAAAUGCACAGGUCUCGGAGAAGGCCACCUCCAGCCUCUUCAGUCUUCCCCUGGACCCCCAGAUUCUGGCCGUCAUCAACAACCAGCUCGCCUACUUCCCAAACUCCAAGAUUCCGACCGAUUCGUACUACCCCCCGGUGCUGGUCAAGGUCGCGUCGAAGAGCUCGCGCAAGAACCAGCCCCCGCUGAAACGCGGGGCCUCGCGGAGGUUGUCGGUCAAGCCGCGGCCCGCCACGUUCCCGCAUAACCAGGAGAUGAUCGCAUCCUUGCCAACGCUUUGCUUUCCUAGUGAAGCCUAUUUACUUCCAAACAAACCCCAGGAGUCCUUUCAGUAUCUAGUCCUGACCAGUAUUUGCGGCAGCCGUUCCUACGCCACUUGCCUCACCUUCCACCGGCAAUACUACCUCGUCAUGGCGAAAGACGGCAAGUUUGAGUUGCAUCCCAAUAUGCCCGUCAUGGAGGACAAGAAGAAAGCAGCAGUCACGUGUUAUGUGCCGUCCUGCAUAUGUGCCAUCUCCUCCCAGCCGUAUUUCCUAGUCAUGAAACAGUGCCUGUCAACCCUCAUACCAAGUCUGAAGGACGACUACGACAACAUGCUGCAGAGCCUCAAGUUUUUCACCAUACAGAUGACGAUGGUGCCUACGCCACCCGCUGGCUCACUAGCUGUGUCGUUCUACAUGAGAGACAGCUUCAGGCCCAUCUUGGUCCACCCGCCGGACAACCCGGAGAAGCAAGUCGUGGACGUCCCCCUCAACCUACCCUUCCUGUGUUUCACCACGGAGGACGUGCUCACCAUCGUGACCUGUAUCCUCACCCAGCAGAGACUAGUCUUUGUGUCGCAGGACUACGCCCUGCUCACGCCCAUAGUAGAGUGUUUCUUGCUGUUCAUCUUGCCAUUCAAGUGGCCGUUCGUCUACGUUCCUGUCGUCUCCUCGAGUCUGCUUGACCUCCUAGAGGCUCCUGGUUGUUUCAUCAUGGGCUGCAACUCCACUCACCGACAAAGAAUAUCUGAGGUUGAAGGUCUUGUGAUCAUAGACAUUGACAGGGGACAUGUAGAGAAGUGUAAAUCCAUCAAUGUACCGCCCAUCCCUGAAUCCGGCGUGGCAACCUUCAAAAGACUGUACACUUUGGCGAAUUCCAAGCAGUACGAGAUUGCGUCGCUCUCACGUCCUGCUGCGUCGACGCUAGAAAAAGACUUCACCUUCCGAGAGCGACUGCGCAGGCAGUACCAGCAGGACAUUCAGCGCUGCUUCACUGAGAUGUACACCGUGCUCUUUGGGGACAUUUUGGAUUUCAUGAACUUUGACCAGCAGCGGUUUAAAGUGGACGAGUUUAUCGCCUGCAGAGCAGAAGAUGAGAGGGAAUUUUACUCUGUGUUUCUCCAAACUCAUCUCUUCAAAACUUACAAACACGACCGAUUGGACAAGAAAAAGGACUACUACCUUAACUUGGACAAACGACGCCAGCAUUUAGAUUCACACUCGCACUCACGGCGGAAGUUCAGCAGUAACGUGCUGGUACCCAGCCCGGUCGCCAGCCGCAAGUCCGACAGCCAGAAAGGGAACGUCGCCCCCUACACGUACUUCAGCUUGCCACCCUUCAAGAUACCACUAGAGUCAGCUCACCAGUUCUAUGAUAACUGCAUUGAAUUUAUCAGCAUGUCCAUCAAGAAUGUCAAAUCAGCAAGCAUCAAAGCCUCGUACCUGUACCUACGUGGGAUGCUCCGUAUAGCGUGCGCACGCCCUCUGGAUGGGCUGGACGACUUCCACCAGCUGCACACCACGGAUCUGUCCAUCUUCCCAGUGGAUGAGAUCACAAGGGUCGUGGAAGACCUGAGCCCCUCUGAGAAGGCGGAGCUUGAGGACCAGGAAUUCUACAAGAGGGGGGAGAUCCUGAAGAAAGUCAGUCAGCGAAAGAGACCAGGCGGACUGACCAACCCGACCAUACCGGAGGAUAUCCCCAUCGAGGGAAUACUAGGACUGUCUGAUUUCGUCAAGCAUGUCCAAAACCUUGAGAUUGCCAUCGAUGUGGACGUCAUCGAGCGUCUCUUCACCGCGCUGACUGGCGGUAACAUCCAAGCUGGACUGGACGCGGACUCGUUCGUGGCCUUCGUGGACGCCUGGAAGGAAGGGGAGCUGGAAGGGCUGAAGAUCCCCAACGAGGUCUACUCGGAGCGUCUGGAUCACACGGAGAGCAUCCUCAAGAUCUCCUCCCUCAUCAUGUCCAAGGUGGGCAUGGGAAGAAUUGUCUUGUCUGACAAGAGGCUUUUCUUCCUGACGGAAGGCAGCAACAACUUUGACGAAGUCAUCCGUAUCCGUGACAUCCAAUGCCUGGAGAAAUUUGAACAGUCGUAUCGGCUCCUGAGCAGCGCACCCGCACUCAGAAUAUACAACAAACGACCCAACAAGGAGCCCUACAUGGCCAAUCUCAAAGGAGAGCGCAACAGCUGGUAUACCCUGAUCACCGAGAUGUGGUCGGGCCGCGCCAUCGCAGACGCUCAGAAGGACCCGCACAUUGUCCAGCAAGCCGCGAGGAACAUUUGCCUCCUGGACGCGGCCAUACGCAGCGCUGAGAACUCGGGCGCGUCUUACGCCAAACACUUGGAUGUUGUGUCUCAAAUUUUGUGCUAUUUCACUCAUAUGAAGUCGCAAGGCAUGGCAAGCGUAGCCCCAGAAACAAGUAACGCCCUGGUUCACAAGUUCAACCCGUCCAGCAACGAGGGCCAACGUAGUACGGUGGAGGCCAUGAUCUAUACACCCGGGAACCGUAGCGAUGGCAGUACUGAGGAAGACACAAGUCCCAAGCUAUGGUGCGCCAUGGGGUCAGGAAAGGUCAAAGUUUACGACGGCAGUAACUUCCUCUUGGAGGCGGAAAUACCCGAAGCCAAGGACAGAGUAUGUUGUCUAGAGUGUGUCAAUGGUGAACAGGUCUGGGCUGGUUCCUUCGAUACCACCAUCUACAUCAUCGACGUCCACACGUACUCCGCCAACAAACAGCUGAUGGAUCACAACGACAUCGUCUCCGACAUUGCUGUUACCGAAAACCAGAGUGUUGCCUACACUGCCAGUCUCAACGGUCAAAUCAUAGAGUGGGACACCGCAACACUGAGCAAGAAGAACGUCAUCCAGCUACAGAACACCGACAAGCUGGUAUCCAUCAAAUGGGACAACAUCUCCCAACGACUCUGGUGCUGUACGAAGGACGACAUUCGCCUCGUCCAGAAGAGUGGAGGGGUCCUCCAGAAGUUUGUCUACAGGGAUGACCAAGGCUUCCCGAUACUACUGGAGACUUUCAUUAUCACUAGAAAUACGUUAUGGGUAGGUUGCGGAAGGCGAGGCGAGCUGGUCAGCUGGGAUAAGACGUCGUUCAAGAGGCAGAAAAUCCUGAAGAUGGACUGUCGAGGCAUCAGCAAGUUGUUAGCUGUCAAUAAACGACUGUGGGCCGCAAGCAAAGACGGCAAGAUUCACCUCUUUGACCUGGACACGGGAAAGUUUGAGAAGACGCUGACGGCCCACGAGGACGCCAUCCGCUCCAUGACGCAGGCGGAGUCGCGCUAUGUCCUCACGGGUGCGGGCAGCCGCGACGGCAAAGUGGCUGUCUGGAGGACUAACUUCCAGACCUGAGGACCUUUGUCAAGACAACGCUGAGGUUUCAGCUGCAGCGCUCUAAUCUUCCGAAAGACAUGGAUCUAUGCCAGACGGCAAACUGGCCAAAAAUUUAGGUGUGAGGAUGUAUACGGAGAGUUUGGCGACGUUUCUUUUGCAGCGCACUGAUCUUCUGAAAAAGGGAUUAAUUCAAGAUGGCAAACUGGCCAAAUACUUUGUGGAUCUGUACAGAGAGUUUGGCAACGUUUCAUUCACAGUUCAGUGAUCUUCUCAAAGGGGAGUUCAGAGGAAAAAAUAGCCAUCAGUUGUGAGGAAUGAGGACGUAUCGUGAUGCUUUCCCAAUAUUCAAUCACAGUUCACUGUAGUUCUGGAAAGAAGAGCCAAGAUAACAAAAUGGCUGUUCAAAGAGUUUUGAUGUAUGAGGUCGUAUGUUGAGACUCGACAAUAUUUCAUUUCUUUUUUACUGAUCUUCAGAAGUUGGUGCUAAGUUGACAAAACGCCUGUAGGGAGGACUGAUUUCUAUGUGAGGAAGAGGGUACAUUUUUUCCUGCGUCAAAAUGGCCGUGAGGACAAGUUACCACAUGAUUUAGAUUUAAGGGGCAGACAGUCUGUGGAGAUGUUUCAAAAGUUUCAGUCACACAACACUGAUCUUCUUCAAGAAAGCUGAAGCAACAAAAUGGCCUUCAAGAGGAAAAUGUCCAGUUGUAAGGAGAUUUGUGGAGACUUUCCAAUCUUUUCAAUCACCAUGCUUCAGUCUUCUAGCCUAGAAAUCAAGAUGGCAAAGUGCACGGACAUAUGUGACGACUUUACCAACGUUUCAGUCACAGUCUGCCAAUCUUCUUCCGAAGUGGAGGAGUAUGUAAAGCCCCUGUUAAUAAUAUCCUUCAUGUACCAACCCCAACUGUGCAUUAAUGUAACCUUUUAAACAAGUACUUCAGUCUAUACCUAUUGACAAUCAUGACUUGUAAUUUUACCAACAUUUUGAUGGGCUUUGAAUCAAUUGUAUAGUUUAAACUAAUUUUUCAAAAAAGUUUUUUUCUAAGUUCCGUUAUCUAGCCCUUGUCAACUUUUUAGGGCCAAACUUCUUAGCAUUUCAUUGAUAAUUUUAAAGAGCAUUUUUAAGGACAAUAUGAAAUAUUUCGAAGAUCAUUCUUCUUUGUGAAUUGUGCGUUGCAGUGCAACUGUGCAUUGGGACCAUGAACAAUAUAUGGUGCAUAUGUAGAGAAUAAUUUUAACAUCAAAUUUUAAACAAAUA